AUGAGCUUGGAGAAGUGCCAAAAUAUAACAUCUUUGAAUCUCAAUCUAGGCUAUAAUUACCUUGGCGCAGAUGGAGCUAAGAACAUAGGAAUGAGCUUGGAGAAGUGCCAAAAUAUAACAUCUUUGAAUCUUGAUCUAGCGGGUAAUGAGCUUGGCGCAGAUGGAGCUAAGAACAUAGGAAUGAGCUUGGAGAAGUGCCAAAAUAUAACAUCUUUGAAUCUCAAUCUAGGCAAAAUCAUUCAUCACUGA